CAGCGUCGGACUCCGCCGCGCUCGGUCCUGUCCGCUCCGCCCCCGUCCCGUCGCCAGUCCACACGCAGGCGGAGGAUGGCGCCGACCAUGAAGGACCGCAUCAUCUCCGCAGCCGUGUUCGUAAUAUCGGGUAUCGUCAUGUGUUACGACAUCAUCACGAUCCCGAUUUACUGCAUCCUGCAGUGGCCCUGGGUCCAAGUCAGAAAGGCCAAGAAGAUUCGGGCGCGGCCCGUGCCCAACGCCUCCUGCCGCUACCACAACUACGACCGCCCGUCCGGUCUGCAGCUGACGGUGAAGCGGCUACAGCUCGACACUGUGGAGAAGAUCGUGCGGUAUGCCAUCACAAAGCACGCAAAGAAGCCGUGUCUUGGCGUUCGGGAAAUCUUAGGUGAAGAGAACGAAAAGCAGCCUAAUGGCAAGGUUUUCAAAAAGUUCUCCAUGGGCGAGUUCCGCUGGGUCAGCUACGUGGAGUUCGCCGAGCGGGCCGAGUGGUUCGGCCGGGCGCUGCGCGAGGUGGGGCUGCAGCCGGGCGACCGUCUGGUCAUCUUCGCCGAGACUCGCGCCGAGUGGCUGAUCGCCGCCGUCGGCGCCUUCUUCCAGAACAUCACCGUGGUGACCCUGUACGCGACCCUGGGCGAGGACGCCAUCGUCCACGGUAUCUCGGAGACGGAGGUCACGCACGUCGUCACCUCUCACGACCUCAUCAAGAAGAUACAGCCGGUGCUGGCCAAAUGCGACAAGGUCACGCACCUGGUGUACAUGAAGGACCAGCUUAGUGACACAGACGUUUCCGGCAUUCGAGACGGCAUCAGGACCGUGCCGUUCCCAGAGAUGCUGAAGAUCGGACAGCAGUCCAGCGUCGCUAACAACGUCCCGACCAGCAAGGACAUCGCCAUCAUCAUGUACACCUCGGGCUCCACGGGCACGCCCAAGGGCGUGCUGCUCUCGCACCACAACAUGGUGACGACGAUGGUCGGGUUUGCCGUGGCGGUGCGCGUCAACUCGGACGACGUCUACCUCGGCUACCUGCCGCUGGCGCACGUGCUCGAGCUGAUGGCAGAGAUGUGCUGCAUCAUGUUCGGCGUGCCGAUCGGGUACAGUUCGCCGCUGACGCUGAUGGACUCGUCGAGCAAGGUGAAGCGCGGCUGCCGGGGCGACUCCUCCGUGCUACGGCCCACCAUGAUGGCCGCCGUGCCCAUGGUGCUCGACCGCGUCGCCCAGGGGCUGGAGGAGAAGAUGCAGGCGUCCGGUCCGUUCGUGCAGGCGCUGUUCCGCUGGGCCGUCCAGUACCGCAACACGUGGCGUCGGCGCGGCUUCGA